UAUAAAAAUAUACACACCAACAUGCUUACGAUAUGAAAAAAUAAAUUAUUUAUUUAUCAUCUCAAAAGGGCCACAAAGAGGAGAGAAAAAAAUAGAGGGAGAUAUAUAGAGAGAGAAGGUAUUCUAAAUUCUAUGUGUGAAGGUGAAGAUCAAUCUUAAGAUACUACUAAGAUCAAGGGUUUUCAUUUUCAAUGUCCAAGUUUGAAGGAGGAUAAACAAUAGGAGAGAAAGUAGAUAAUAUAAUAUUCAAUGUCCAAGUUUGUGAUUUGAUUAUUCCACCAAUUGUUUCAUAAAGUGUAGAAGAUUGAGAGUUGUGGAAGCUACUAGCUAGAUGGAUAUGAAGGAAGAAGAAACAUGUGGUUCAAUAUGUUCCAAGACAAGUGUUUCAAUUAAUGAAGAAGGUUGUGAGUUUAGUGAUGCAAAUGAAGAUGAUCAAGAAAGUAAGCAGAACAACAAUGGAGGAAUAAGCUCAAGCAAUAGUACUAUUGAAGAGAAUUCUGAAAAGAAACCAUCAGUGAGACCUUAUGUUAGAUCCAAGUUUCCUAGACUACGUUGGACUCCUGAUCUUCAUUUUCGUUUUCUUCAUGCUGUUCAAAGACUUGGUGGACAAGAGAGAGCAACUCCAAAAUUGGUUCUUCAAUUGAUGAAUAUAAAAGGUUUAAGUAUAGCUCAUGUGAAGAGUCAUUUACAGAUGCAUAGAACCAAGAAAGUAGUUGACACAAAUCAAGAGAGAAAUGUUUAUAAUCUCACCCAAAUUCCUAUGCUUCAAGGCUAUAUUCCAAAUCAAAGUUCAUCAUAUAGAUGUGGAUAUGGUGAUGCUUCUCUUUCUAUGUAUGAAAACAUGGUGCAUAUGAGCUCAAUAAAUGAACCUAGAGCUGAUUUCUAUGGAAAAAUGAUUGAGAGAACCAAUAAUAAGAGCCAUAGUAUUUUCCAAGUCGAUUCUUCUGAUUUUCGAGAACCAUUACCAACAAGUAAAGUUCAUGAGUCGAAUGAAAAUCUCCUCUCAUUUUGUGGCAAUGAAUCUUUAAGAGAUGAUCUCCAUGCUCAGCCAAUAGCACAAGACUUCAUGCAAAAUGAUAUUUUGCCUGCAAAUCAAGUUGAGUUGAAGACACUAAAAAGAAAAGCUUCAGAUUUGGAUCUUGAUUUGGAUCUUUCACUUAAAUUAAGUUCGAGGAAUAUCAUUGAUGAUCAUGAUCAUGAGAAGCAAGGGAGUAUAGAGGAUAUUCAUGAAGUUCAGAGCAAUUUAUCUCUCUCUUUGUAUACUCAAUCCUCUUAUGAUGAAUCUAAGGAGCAAGAGAAAAGAGUCAAUAUAGGUUUGGAUCUAACCAUAUGAAUGAGACAUAUUCUAAGUGAGAUUUGAGGUACUUGUCAGAAAAAUAUGCAUAUUGUAACAAAAUUAUUACAAACAUAUAUCAUAACCAGACAAAAAUAUAUUUUCCUUCUUGUCUGUUUCUAUA